UUCCGCAGGAAGAAGGAAGCGGCGCCGCCGUCGCCUCCCGGCGCUCCCUCCCCGCCUCCCAGGUCCGCCGGCCGCCACAAUGUCCGCCUCGGCUGUCUUCAUCCUCGACGUCAAGGGCAAGCCCCUGAUCAGCCGCAACUACAAGGGCGAUGUGGCCAUGAGUGAGAUUGAGAACUUCAUGCCUCUGCUCAUGCAGCGGGAGGAGGAGGGUGCCUUGGCCCCGCUGCUGAGCCAUGGCCGGGUCCACUUUUUGUGGAUCAAACACAGCAACCUCUAUUUGGUGGCCACCACGCUGAAGAACGCCAACGCCUCCCUCGUGUACUCCUUCCUCUACAAGACGGUGGAGGUAUUCUCUGAAUACUUCAAGGAGCUGGAGGAGGAGAGCAUCCGAGACAACUUCGUCAUCGUCUACGAGCUGCUGGACGAGCUCAUGGACUUCGGCUUCCCACAGACCACCGACAGCAAGAUCCUGCAGGAGUACAUCACACAGCAGGGCAACAAGCUGGAGACCGGCAAAUCUCGAGUGCCACCCACUGUCACCAAUGCUGUGUCCUGGCGCUCUGAGGGCAUCAAGUACAAGAAGAAUGAGGUGUUCAUUGAUGUCAUAGAGUCUGUCAACCUGCUGGUCAAUGCCAAUGGCAGCGUCCUGCUGAGCGAGAUCGUGGGCACCAUCAAGCUCAAGGUGUUUCUGUCGGGAAUGCCAGAGCUGCGGCUUGGCCUCAACGACCGUGUGCUCUUUGAGCUCACUGGCCUUUCAGGAAGCAAGAACAAGUCUGUGGAACUGGAAGACGUCAAAUUCCACCAGUGUGUGCGGCUGUCUCGCUUUGACAAUGACCGCACGAUCUCCUUCAUCCCACCCGACGGCGACUUUGAGCUCAUGUCCUACCGCCUCAGCACCCAGGUCAAGCCGUUGAUCUGGAUUGAGUCCGUCAUUGAGAAGUUCUCCCACAGCCGUGUGGAGAUCAUGGUCAAGGCCAAGGGGCAGUUUAAGAAGCAGUCGGUGGCCAACGGCGUGGAGAUAUCCGUGCCCGUGCCCAGUGAUGCCGACUCCCCGCGCUUCAAGACCAGUGUAGGCAGUGCCAAGUACGUGCCCGAAAAGAAUGUCGUUAUUUGGAGUAUUAAGUCCUUCCCGGGGGGCAAGGAGUACCUGAUGCGCGCCCACUUUGGCCUCCCCAGCGUGGAGAAGGAGGAGGUGGAGGGCCGGCCCCCUAUUGGGGUCAAGUUUGAGAUCCCCUACUUCACUGUCUCCGGGAUCCAGGUCCGAUACAUGAAGAUCAUUGAGAAAAGCGGUUACCAGGCCCUGCCGUGGGUUCGCUACAUCACCCAGAGUGGCGAUUAUCAACUUCGUACCAGCUAGGAGAGAGAAGAGGUGGGGCCUAGACAUGGGGCCUUCCCUCUCCCCAGGCUGGGACUGUAGACUUCCUGGGAGGAAGAUGGGGGAUGUGUGUGAGGGAAGGCCCCUGACUUAGCCGUUUCUUGCUCCCAGCACCCGGCAUCCUCCCUGCCUUUCUCUCUACCCACAGGCUAGGAGGAACAGUCUCCCCACCUCCCUCUGCCUCCGGGCUCCCCACUCCUCCAAUUUUAUAUGAAGAAUAGAGGAGGGUCUUGAAGCCCCCCUCAUGAGUGCCUUCUUGCAGUGACCUGCCUUAGGGGUGUCGGGGCCCCUCCUUCACAGCUGCUGAGCCCAGAGGCCACCCUGGCCCACCCUGAGUGUUAGGAUGGUAUUAAAAAGAAUGAAUCUG